AUGGACGCACUUGCUAAGAAGAGCGUUAAAAGCAGCCCCGUUUCGCCGUUCCAGUUCUUUCCCACCACGCCUCAGUGUCCCUCACUUUCGCCUUCAUCCUCACCAGAGUCUUCUCACGUUACCGCGCUCUCAUACAAGGAUGAUCCCUCUCCGCCAAUCGGCUUGAGCCUCAGCCCGCCUUGCGCCACGUCAGCCCAAAGCGAAGAGGACGAUCACAUUUCUCCCUCCGCUGAAUCGGCAAAAGUCUCAGCUGACGUGUCUUCACACUGGAAGCUUCCUCACCCCAAGACACUCAAGCCGCAGCCAUCUCCCGCUCCUGUAGCCGUCCCCACGGCAACAGAAACGAAGGCAGCUCCUUCCGUCGCGACCCCUUUUGCUCACUUCCCCGCGCCAGCAGCAGCACCUGUCCCUUUCGGCCACAUUCCUCCCUAUCCAGCGGCAGCUGCGGCCGGCUGGUGGGCUCCUUUCGCCGCCUUCCCUUCUCACAUGCUGCUUGCACACACAUCCGCGGCAGGACAAGCGCAGCAGCAGGCGAUGGGGAUGCAGCAGAGGCCUUGGGUUCCCAAUGCGCCGCCGUGGUUCUGCUUUGGUCCCCCGCCCUUCCUUUCCCCGGCACGUCCUGCCCUACUGGCCCCUGGGGCUACCAGUUCGGAUGUCAACGUGGAAAUUAAUAAGAGCCUAAUGGCUGUCAGUAAGCCUUCCCUCUCUGGCGGUGGUGCUUGCAAUCGCGCGGUUUCCUCUGUGGCGAUGAAAGCUUCUGUCAAGCGAAGCCCGUCGGCGAAAUUGGCGGCGAAGCCAGUUGAGGUGUUACCACGUGAGCGUCUCCCGUCGGGAUUUCGACCGUGGAAGGCUGCGAGCAGGAGCUGCGGGUCGAACGACACGUCAGCUCUGCUCUCGUCCAAUGGCGCCACGACAACGUGCUCUGCUGCUGUGGAAGCAUGCGCUUCAUCCCGCCGGGCCGUCCCAUUCGCGUUGAAGCCGUGCAACCAGGGCGCGGAGGGUCUUCAAAUAGUCAAGGCGGACGGACAGCCAAUUCGGCCAGCAGCGCAGCAACCAAGGGACCAGGCGGGCCCGGUCAACGGAGUCAAUACAGUCAACGCAGCCACCGCAAUUAACGCAGUUGGUCCGAUGAGCCAUUUUUCGACUCCCCUUCACAUCCUCCCAGCUAUCACCCCUAUCCCCAGCUUCCAGUCUGCUGCUGUCGAUCAAGCCAGAGCGUAUGCCUGCACCAUGGGCCAGUACCCCAAUCUCCCCUGGACCGCCGCCGCUGCUGGUGCUGGUGCUGGCGGUGCUGCUGGCGCUUCUGCUGCUGCAAUGUUCAGCUUUCUUAACCCUGGGGGAACGGUUGCUGCAGAGGCUGGUGCAGGAGUGGUGGGGGACAAGAGGAGGCUGGGGAGGGCAGAGGGCACAGCGGCUGGGAGCGUGGAUGUCCAGGGGAAGAGGAAGAAGAGGCAAAAGCAAGGUGGAGUGGGUUGCAAUGCGGUGGAGGGCCCAGUGUCUCUCAGAAUGGAUGGCAAGAGCGGAGCGAUGGAGGGAGAGGGUGGCUGUAGCAAGGAGCGGGAGGAGGAGGGUGGAAAGGAGAAUGGAACGGAAAUGGAGAAAGAGAAGGAGAAAGAGAAGGCGUGCAGGAAUUGUGGGACCCACACUACUCCGUUCUGGAGGAAGGACCGGUCAGGGAGUGGGCAGCACCUGUGCAACGCGUGUGGACUCUACCUCGCCAAGAAUGACGCCCCGCGGCCCUCCGUGCUCUGGAAGAAAGAUUCCCAAGGGGCUCCAGACAACACCAGCCAUGCCAAGGCUUGA